GGCGAAGUUUAAACCAACUUAGUUAACUGGUGGGUGAAGUUUAAACCAGCUUAAGUUAUCAGCUCUUGAAAAAAAAAAUCAAAAUGCUUCUAUUCCUAGGAAGAAAAUACGGUGGCCAUUGGGCAUAAUUUUCUGGUGGUGGGAUUACAAGGAACUAGGGGCUGAGGUAAAGGCUGCAUAUAUAUUGAUUUCAUUUCCUCUCUAUUUCAUAUGGUAUUUAAGUGCUCCUGAGUCUUUUCCAGGCUCACGUUGCUAGGCAAGGUGGUUUUUCCUUAGGAGAGGCGCAGGUGUUUUUCAAAGUGAGAUACUGGCAUCAGCAGUAUCAAAAUCACCUGGAUCCAAGACGCCAGCUGCUAAGCGGAGGGAGGAUGUCUGGGUCGCGCGCGGAGGCCGAGGAGAAGGUGGGCUCCAGACAGCGACUCCAGGUGAAUGAAUAUAAGGAAAACCAAAACAUCGCUUAUGUGUCUCUGAGACCGGUACAGACUACAGUUUUAGGAAAAACAGCUAAGGUGUGUCUUGUUCCCUUUUCACUCAGUAGCUACAAGCCAGAUCAACUUAAGCGCUCCAAAUCCCUAUUAGAUAAGAAUUCUAACAAUGAAGUGGCAUGUAAGAAAUGUAAGAAGGCUGAAAUAAAGAAAACUUGCAGAAGGAUUUUAACCCCAAAGAUGGAAGCCACAUCUUCCAAGGCAGAAUCCACUCUGCAAAAAUCAUCCUUAGAUGUUCAUGCUGAAAGUAACAAGUGGCAAUACAAGAGCACUUCAGAUACAGUGAUUCUCAGUGCUGAUACAGAAAGCAGCCAGGAUGGAGACAGUGAUGAAGGUACCACACCAGGCAUGGAUGAUUUUUCAGGAUUGUCACCAUACGAAAAGAAGAGACUGAAGAACAUAUCAGAAAAUGCAAACUUUUUUGCUUCUCUUCAGUUGUCUGAGUCAGCUGCAAGACUCCGUGAAAUGAUAAAGAAGAGACAGCCUCCUGAAUCCAAAAGAAAGAAGCCUAAGAAGAAAGAAAAUGAGACUGGAUGUAGAAGGUCAAUGCGAUUACUAAAAGUUGAUCCUUCAGGAGUUUCAUUACCAGCAACUCCAACCCAGCCAAUAUUAGUAGCAGAUGAAAAUCCUUUGUUACCUCCUGGGCCUUUAGAAAUGACUUCUGAAAAUCGAGAUGAUAACAGUGAACUAUUUAAAGGAUUUCUGCAGACUUGGGCAGAAGUGAGCAAGACAAGAAGUAAAAACACUGAGAAGGAGUUAUCUAGCAUUAAAAGCUACAAAGCCAAUUUAAAUGGCAUGAUCAUUAGUGAAGAUACUGUUUAUAAAGUUACCAAAGGCCCAAUAUUCUCAAUGGCUCUCCACCCAUCAGAAAUUAGAACUUUGGUGGCAGCUGGGGCCAGAUCUGGACAAGUUGGGCUUUGGGAUUUGACUCACCAACCUAAAGAAGAUGGAGUUUAUAUUUUUCAACCCCAUAGUCAACCAGUUAGCUGUCUUUACUUCUCGCCUGCCAAUCCAGCUCACCUGCUGUCACUGAGCUAUGAUGGCACAUUACGCUGUGGGGAUUUUUCCAGAGCUGUUUUUGAGGAGGUAUAUAGAGAUGAAAGAAGUAGCUUUUCCUCCUUUGACUUCUUGGCAGAAGACGCCUCCACUUUAAUAGUAGGUCACUGGGAUGGAAGUAUGUCACUAGUGGAUAGGCGGACGCCUGGAACUUCUUGUGAGAAACUUAUCAAUUCUUCUUUGAGCAAAAUAAGAACUGUACAUGUCCACCCAGUGCAUAGACAGUAUUUUAUCACUGCGGGAUUAAGGGAUAUUCAUAUUUAUGAUGCAAGGUGCCUGAAUCGCAGUAGAAUCAAGCCUUUGAUUUCUUUGACUGAACACACAAAGAGCAUCGCUUCUGCCUAUUUUUCACCUCUUACUGGUAACAGAGUAGUAACCACAUGUGCUGAUUGUAAGCUGAGAAUCUUUGACAGCAGCUGUAUAUCCUCGAAGAUUCCUCUUCUCACCACCAUCAGGCACAACACCAUUACUGGGAGAUGGCUGACCAGGUUCCAAGCUGUGUGGGACCCUAAACAAGAAGACUGUAUCAUAGUCGGCAGCAUGGCCCAGCCACGGCGAGUGGAAAUCUUCCAUGAGAGAGGAAAGUGGGUGCACUCUUUUCUUGGUGGAGAAUGCCUUGCCUCUGUGUGUUCCAUCAACGCUAUGCACCCAACUCGGUAUAUUUUGGCUGGUGGUAACUCCAGUGGGAGGAUACAUGUUUUUAUGAAUUAAGAAAGUUGCGGAGUUUUUGGUUUGACAACACUGAUUUGUUCAAAUUAAUCAGUGUCUAAGGAGCCCAGUAAUUCACGUGGCUUAGUCUGUUUACUUGGUAAUAUGUUCUAUUUUUAGCAAAUAUAAAAUUGCUUUGUUAAUAAGAACUGUGAGCAGAAGGUACUUUUAGUAAGAGAAGCCUUGGAAGUUGUUUCUAUAGGAUGGCAAGGGAAUUAAAGGGGAGACUGUGAUGGCUUCAGCACUUUUAAUCAGGCAGAAUGUUGAGAAAUUCUAACAUAAAUUAUAAAGCUUUGAGUGAUCAGUAUUUUGGUUGUUUUUGUGGUUUUGAUUCUAUAGUGAUAUAUAGAUUUGUGGGUUUUUUUUAUAGUUUGCAGUAAAUAUUUAUUUCUAGACUCAUACACUGGAAGGGGUCCUGAAAGGUCAUCUAACUCAGUGACUUUGAAACUUUUGAGUUUUUAAACUGAGCACCUUUUUUCCCCCUUGCCUCUAAAUUAAAUCUUACAUGAAAUCCCAAGAAAUUGCUGAGAAGCUUUGGUUCACUUGGGCAGGGCCUGUGUCUGUGUGUGUUGACCCUUUCCCUCCCGCUCCUCUACAUGGCUCCUGAGACACAGCUAAGGAAACCCAGGGCUUGUAGGCACAGGGUUUGGAUCUACCUGAUUGUUGUAAUCCAGUAUGAGAUUACCUACAGACCAGUGUUUCCCAGACUGUGGUUUGUAGCUGUUCACAUGAAAUCAGUUAAGUGGCCAUGAACAGUGUCUACAAAAAUGAAAAGGAGAGAAAUAGUAAAGAAUAGCAAACUUAGAGUAAGUAUUCUUUUGUGAAACUUAGUUCCAUAUGCAUACAUAUUUGUAGGUAUACAUGCAUACGUAUAUUCUGAUGUAAAAUGUAUUUCUUUAUUACUGUGGUACUGUGGGUCAUGGUUAAAGAAGUAAAAGCGCCUGACUUAGAAAGUCAUAGACAGCCUUAUCUGUCCCUGUCUUUAAACUCUCCAGAGGAGAUUCAAUAACCUGGGGAAGUGUUAUGAAAUACCAUUUUUGGAAUUUCUUCAGAAAAUUUUUUUUCAGAAGCUAUGGCAAUUUGAAUGUGUCUGUUGUUGGAUAUUACUAAAUCAGUGACUAAUAUUACUGUGUGACCUUAACCUAUCCAACUUUUUCCAUUGUUCUUCAUUGCCAAACUACUACUGAAAGCCUGUUGUAAAUAGCUUCAGCAAUAUGUUUGAUUUCUAAGAGGAAAUAUUAACUUUUCAUAAUUGUAUAUCACAGAAAUAAAGUGACAUGUUUCAUUUC